ACAGACAUGACAUGUUCCAUUUGACACACAGAUUGAAGACUCCACUGCUGUCAUUUGGAGGAACGCGCACAAUAUCCCAACUGAUCAACAUGGAGAAGCCCUGCAUACUGGCCACUACCUUCGGAGCACAUGGAGGCAUCUACAAAUGCUUUGCACCUGUUGUCGAGAAACACUUCACCAUUAUCCCAUACGAGACAUUCCUGCUAGACCAGAAGAAUCUGUCAGAACAGGUCAAAGCAGUGUUUGUAUGGGGCGUUGCCCUGAACGUUGACAGAGGUCUGAUGCAGUCUCUGCCGAACCUCAAGGUAGUGGUUAACGGAGGGGUGGGAGUGGACCAUCUGGACAUACCCAUGAUCAACAGCUUUGGGGUGAAGGUGUGCAACACCCCUCAUGUUGUUGACAACGCCACUGCCGACAUCGGGAUGGGUUUAAUGCUGGCGUCUGCAAGGAAGAUCGUUGAAGGUCACCAUUACACCCUAACCCACAACAACAAGGUCUUGCCAGAGAGCUCCAUGGGUAUGGAUGUCAGCGGGGCCACCCUGGGCAUCAUCGGUAUGGGGAGGAUAGGAUACAAGGUGGCCAGGAGGGCCCAGGGAUUUGAUAUGAAGAUCCUCUAUCAUAACAGGAACCGCAGGAAAGAGGAAGAGAGAGCAGUGGGAGCGAUGUACUGUGCCAACAUGGAGGAUCUGCUCCAGCAGUCAGACUUUGUGAUGGUGGUGGUGAACCUGUCACCUGCCACCCAUAAAAUGAUCGGUGCCAAGGAACUAGCCAUGAUGAAACCUAGCAGCACUCUCAUCAACAUCAGUAGAGGCCUCGUUGUAGACCAAGAUGCGUUGGUGGAAGCACUCCAGAAGAAAGUGAUCCGAGCCGCUGCACUGGAUGUGACUUAUCCUGAACCCCUACCAAUAGGCCACCCCCUUGCUGCUCUUCCAAAUGUCAUCAUCCUGCCACACAUAGGAACCCACUCCGUUGAGACGACGCAGAUAAUGGUGGAGAAGAUGGUGACUAACGCCCUGGCAGUACUAGGAGGGAACCAUCCUCCCGAUGAGGUCAAGGUGUAGGUCAGAGAAGUUUCCUCUAGGUACAGAUCUAGGAUCAGUUUCUAUUCCCCCAAUCCUAACCUGAACCAUUAGUGGGCAAAAUGCAAAAUUUAAAACCAAAAUCGGCAUCUAGGGGCAACUUCCCCUAUUCCUCAGGAAUCACCCUGGACCCUCCAUGCCAGUUUUAACUAGCUGCCAUGCCUUAGAGCAGGGGUGUCAAACAUACGGCCCCGCACACGAGGGGGUCCAAUCCGGCCCAUGGGUGGUUUGAGUAGCCUCAAAUAUUUAGCAAACAUUCAUACAGUAUCUUGACUGUGUCCAGCUCGCUAAUAAUCCCUGAAAUUAGAGCUACACAGUCAGGGAACAAAUUUCUAAAAUGAUGGAUAAAGGACAAUUUUUUUUCUCACAUUUUGACGGCAAGGAAAUACAACACUUUCAGUGCGGCCCU